AUGGACUCCCCGGGAUGUCUGCCCGGUGCUGGUCUUGCCGACUUGAUACGGACCGCACAACUUCUGGCCGAGCGGUACGAUUGCACUGCCAACAGUCUUAACACGGCUCCUGUCACCUUGGCUGCGGUGGCCAAAGAAUGUCGCGCCGUCACCGACGCACUCCGUCGGUUCAAGUACCUCCGCCAAACAAUCCCCGAAACUCUCGUCUUCGACCCUGUACUACUAGACGACUCCUGUCAUGAAGCCCUCGACGCACUUUCGAAGAACCUCUCGUCCCUCGACUUCUACAGCACUCGCAUCCGUUCCUCGAGCACCGACGGCGAUGUCGACAUGUCCACGGGUCACCUCACCAUCAUCUGGAACGAGGACAAUCUGAAGCAGAUCCUACGGAAACUGAGGACCAGCCGUCAGUCCCUAGCUUUUCUUCUGAACUGUGUCCCAAGCGAGCAUGUUACGUCCAAGAACCACUCCACAUUCAUGCACUCGUCGCGUCUAGGUCCGUGGGACUGCGCGAUCAGCCCAGCUAUUCUCAACAAAGGCAGUAGACUGCGUUUGUCAACGAUCGGCCCACGACCCCGUCCCGAUGUGUCCCCGGUAUGCGAUGUGUCCGGUAUUCACUCCGCCCUGAGGAGACUGAGGCCGAAACCCGGCGUGUUAUUCAAGCAAAGCAUGCGGGCCACCAAAGAAUUACACGAUGCCAUCGAUCACGGAGACGAGGCCACCGUGGUUAAGUUAUUGUUGCAGCGUAUCGACCCAAACGCACCGAGCCUCGGUUCAAAGACAACGCCGCUGCGACGAGCCCUCACCCGACAACUUCCAUCGAUUGCAACGUUUCUCUCGAUGGCUGGAGCAGACUUGGAAACCCGUAACGAAGACGGCGAAACAGCUUUGAUCACCGCCGUCAAGCAGAAUUUCUCCGACAAGUACAUCUCCUUGCUUUGCGAUCUCGGCGCCUCUCUCGACGCUGUCGAUGCCCUGGGUUGCUCAGCAGUCCAUCACGCCGCCAUGUCUCCCAAAGAGGACGAUGAUACCCUGGCGGUGCUAAUUUACGCUGGAGCCGACGUCGAUCGCAGGGACACGGGUGGGCGAACACCGCUAAUUGCCGCCGUCCAGAACUAUCGUUUCAAGUCGAUCGAGAAGCUCCUCGAAUACGGCGCCGACUUGGAAGCUCGCUUGCAAAAUGGACGCACGGCACUUCAUGUCGCGAUCUCGAUGCGGAGCAGGCCUCUGGUUGAGUUUCUGUCCGACCAGGGGGCAUAUCUCGAUCGGCGAGUAAACGAGCACACGGCUCUGACUUUCGCGAUCGCCACUGCCUCCCCUGACAUUGCCGAAGUCCUAGUAGAGGCCGGCGCCAACAUCAAUCACGCCAGUUUAAAGGGCAAUUUUCCGCUUCUUGCAGCCGCUGCGGCUGGCGACUUGCGCACCAUGAAGCUACUACUAUCUCGAGGAGCGAAGUUGGACGCUGUCGGCGGUGAGGGCUAUUUGCCCAUUCACAUGGCAGCCCACAAGAAUCGCGUCGAGAUCCUGCAUCUUCUCUUCAAGUCAGAUUCGCCGAUUGAUCCCCUGACAGAGCACGGUGAGACACCGCUUACCAUCGCCAUGCAUUUGGGAUGUUACGAAGCGGCGCAGUUCUUGAUCGAGAUCGGAGCAAAUGUUGACCACGCCGCCCCGGGUGCUGAAAGAAUCAUCAGUCAGGCGCUGAAAGCCGGCAACACGCGCAUCGCAAUGGCUCUCGUCCGAGGCGGCGCCGAUCUCACGACUCCUCUGAGACGAGACGCCAGCAUGACGCCGAUACAUCAAGCAGCUCAUCUAGCACACAAUGAUGUGCUUGCAACGAUGAUCAAAACCGGCGUUGAUCUGGAUACUAGAACCUGGCCAGGCUAUACGCCAUUGUUCUUCGCCGCACAAGCCGGUCAUAUUGCUACAGUUCGCCUACUUCUUACUGGAGGUGCCCACCUCCGUGAACGCUCAAGAUCAUGCGCAAAUCUGCUGUUUGUGAGCACGGCUUUCCCCUCUAUGAUGAAGUUCUUGAUGGAUCUGGGCCUGGACCCUAAUGAGCGCGAUUUCCAUGGCGCCACAGCCCUUCACUACGCGGCAUCCAAAGGCCACAUGGCGAGUGUCAAAUUGAUGUUGCACCGGGGAGCGAGGAUGACACACGCAAGCGCCGUCUUCGAGACUCUGGACGAUUACAAGACGAAGGCUGCUUAUCGUCAAGGCACUCCUGCGGGCCUGGCGAGGCAGAAGGAUCACAUCAAAGUCGCUCGAUUACUCGAGGGCUGGAAGUUCAAGCCUCUUCAGCCCUCGUGA